GCUGCACUCGCGUGCACUAAAGAAAACAGACUUUUGGUAAACUUUCCACAUUGUGGAAUUAGAAAAACGGAAAAUCGCCCCGAGGAGGGGAUGACUUCAGUCUUCACGGAUGCUACACGAAUGGAGUGAGAAGAAAAGUAAAGUACAAGUAAAUCAGAAUGCACUGGUUAUUGUCUUCCAGUCUCUGCCUGUUCGUAUGUCUCCAAAGUUUUAUAACAGCCUUUACUCUGAAAACCAGAGCCCACACACAUGACGAGUUAUACUAUGAGUAUGUGCCUGAUGGCCUGCAAUGGAAGACUGCAGAAGAACUGUGUAAGCAGCGCUCUGGGGCCUUGGCCACUGUCUCCAGUGCAGCAGAGAACCAUGAGCUUUCCAGCUUCUUAAAAUCCUUGAACAUCUCUCAGCCUGUCUGGAUUGCCAGGAAAGUCUUAACACAUCUGACAAGUGCCCGCAAGACCCUGAUAUUGGAAUUCUUUGGGCGCUCGGAUACAAAGUACGCUCGUCUCCGGCACAGGUUCCCCUCCUUGAGCUCAUUGACCAUUUGCACCCAGCUUCGUUUUGACUUGAAUUCUUUUGGAAAUUUCACGAUCUUCUCUUAUUCCAUCCCAUCCUACAUAAAUGAGUUCCAGCUUCGAGCAAAGCUAACCCAGGGCAAGCCUGUGCAGUUGGCUUUGCUGGUCCACGGAAUUCAUGUGCCUUAUGAAGAGGUCUUCAAACAUGACGAUGCCUGGCACUCGGUUUGUGUUUCCUGGAGCCAGAAUGGUGGACACUGGGUGCUUUAUACUGGUGGUGUUGUAGUUUCAAGCGGCGAUGGCUUAGACAAUACUGACAGCAUUGGUGGCCUCGAUGGCCAUUUUAUUAUCGGGCAGGAGCAGGAAACGUUCGAAGGCUCCUUUAAGUCUGACCAGUCAUUCCUGGGAAGCAUCACAGAGUUGCACAUUUGGAAUCGAGUUCUGACCAGCAAUGAAAUAUCGAGCAUGGAAAAUGACUGCUCGCCCAUCUCCUCUGGGCUGGUGUUCAAGUGGAGUGAAGCAGACAUGGAAAUAGAGCCCUCCCUUUCAACGCAGUGGAGAACGAUCCCAUGUCAAGGAAUCCACAAUUUGUGGAAGAAUGGAAAUCCUUUGCAGAAUGGAACAUCCUUUAACAUCUUCCACAGCGACGUGUCUGAUGAAGAUUGUGACAUCUUUGACCCCGUUACUGAGAAAUGUGCGCAAGCCCAGUGCAACAUAUACAGAGGAGCUGUGUGCAAAUUUAAGAAUGAGGGACUGAAUGUUUUCAAUUUGCCAAAGUCGCCAUUCUUCAGUAAACUGAAUGAGGAUCCUCAGACUAAACUGGUGAUGAAGGUGAUCAGUGUUAACACCACAUGGAACAGAGAUCUGACUUUGAUGCAGCAGUUGACGAAAGCUGUCCUCAAUGCAUUGGAGGCCGGCGGCCCAAACCUCCUGACCCCCAGUGACGUCCUCUCCCUCACCCAGAUGAUCGAAGUGAUUGCAGCAAGUGGUCACUUUGCAGGAGCUAAUGCAGCAGAGGUUUUGGCAUCCAUUGCUACCAACUAUGUUAAUGUUGCAAGUGAGAUGCUGGAGCCGGACACAGCUGCGCAGUGGAUAGGCCUGACGGAGGAUGGGGUCAGCGUUGGACCGUUUACUAUUGUCAAAAGCAUAGAUGGUCUCACUGAAGCUCUUGCAGACGUGCUAUCUGAAGAAGAAAGAGGUUUCACUCUUUCUACUAAGAACAUAGAUGUGUAUAUGAAAUGGCAGGAACUCUCUCAAGAGAGCUUUAAUCAAGUUUUCAAGCCAUCUGCCGUUGGCUCUCGCAAUCCCAGCAGCAGCAGUAAUCUUGAUGAGUUGCUUAUCCCAGACUCUGAACUCCAGAGGAUCAACAAACUAGGAUGUGAGGAAGUGAUGUUUAUUCAUACCCACUACAGUCAUCUCAGUGAGAUUGUGUCUGAAGCAGAUGAGCCAACACUGAGUCGUGGAGAGAAGAAAAAAAGCAUUCUUCCAGGUCAGCUAACUUCUGCUGUCAUAUCAGCCAGCGUCCGAGAUACUUCAAAGGCUCAAACCAUCCCUGUGGCUGUCCAGUACACCCUCUCUUCUUCAAACACGGUGGAGUAUUCCCAAAAAGUAACUCCUGUUUGUGCCUUUUGGAACUUUAGCCUGAUGCAUACUCAUAUGAGUAGCUGGUCCAGUGAUGGGUGCACCGUGAUCCUUGCCAGUUCUCAUUUCACAUCCUGUCAGUGUAACCACACCACCAACUUCGCAGUUCUGAUGAAUUACCUGGAGUCAAAGUGGAGUCCCGAAGACGAGCGUAUUCUGAGCAAGCUCACGUUCAUCGGCUCUGGAGCAUCUCUGUGUGCCCUGGUGGUGACUUUGAUGUUGUUCACUGUGCUUGACAUCCCUAAAUCAGACAGGACAUCCAUCCAUAAGAAUCUGUUCAUAGCUCUGAUCUGCGCCCAGGUGAUUCUGCUCUGCAGCGGCUCAGCAAUUCACAACAAGGUGGCGUGUACGCUUGUAGCAGCGCUGCUCCAUCUCUUCUUUAUGGCAGCCUUUAGCUGGAUGCUGGUGGAGGGUCUUUUGCUCUGGAGCAAGGUGGUAGCUGUCAACUUGAAUGAGGAUCAUCAUAUGAAGUAUUACUAUCUCAUCGGCUGGGGUCUACCAAUACUGAUAGUCACCAUCACACUUGCUUCUGCCUCAGGCAACUACUCAGCAGAUGGCUAUUGUUGGCUCACUGUUGAAAACGGUGUAAUCUGGGGUUUUGCAGGUCCUGUAAUCUUCAUCAUCAUGGUGAAUAUGUUGGUUCUCACCAGGGUGGUAAUCAUCACCAUCUCAACGGCAAAGAGAAGGUCCAUCAUGUUGGCACUGGGCACCAGUCCUGUUGAGCAAGCCUAUGAUCAGUUCAGGGCAGCAAUGAAAGCAGUGUUGGUGCUGCUGCCAAUUCUUGGAUUGACGUGGUUAUGUGGAGUUCUGGUUCCUUUCUCCAUCGUCAUGGCCUACAUCUUUAUCCUCCUCAAUUCCCUACAGGGUCUGUUCAUCUUUCUGAUAUAUGGGGUGUACAACACAGAGGUUCGAAGCACGGUCAACAGGAUCAAGGAGAGGAGAAAAGCGCUUAAUUUUUCAAACUGUGCCAGCUCUAGACCAUCUAGCUCAGUUACAAACUCUCGGCCUGUCAGUUUUCCACUUGGAACAAGCCCAAGCCAAGAGGAGGAGACGUACACAUGCAGCAGUGCACCAGGCCCGGUGGUGGUGGAGGAGAAGAUCAGAGGUCAAGCAUCCAUUCCUUGUGUUGCAGCGAAACUGGAAGAGUCGCAGAGUCAAACUUCCAAAGGCAGCCAUAUGGACAGAAAGGAGUCCCCUCCAACGGCAGUGGAUGCUUUGCCGCCCGGCUGUAGUCUUCACGUUCCCAUGGAGCUGGAGUUCGCAGCGUCCUGCUUCCCUCGCCCUCCUGCGCCUCAGAAAAGCAAUGGCCACGUAUGUGCAGACUGACCUGGCUGCACUGUUGAUUAUCGGUUUCAUAUUUUGACUCACUUUUAUAUUUGGCUCACUUACGUCUCUGACUGUUGCAUUGUUUUAUGCUUUAUGCAAACUUUUAAUGAAUAAGCUUUUUAACCCUCAUUUAAAGAUGUAAUUGAUGGUAUAUAUGUAAGCUUAAUUUCUCGAGCACAUGCCUAAUUUAAAAUUACCUGAUUUUACUCAGACAUUCUCUUUUAAAGUAUUUUUUCUGUCUGUUUUGGUAAAUUUGUCUCUUUUGCUCGUAAAUAGGACCCUAGAUCUAAAUAUCUAGGCGCUCCUGUGACCUGUACAUAUUGUGCAACUGUGAUGGCCCUGGUUUAAUUUAAGCAGGGACAUUUCUCAUAUGGCUAACUGAUCUUGCUCGUGUAUGACAGCAGAACAGACUGGUGCCACGUGUCAUUUUCACUCUAAAACUUAGGGUGGAUUGUGAUUAUGGCUCUUUUUUUGUGCUGCAACUAUAGUUGAGUUUUGUAAGAAUAAAUCUACAUUUUAUUUAAUGAC